GCACGGGUUUCGCGGUGAUGUGCAUUUUGCGCGCUUCCGUAACAACUGUACUCGUGUGCAAGUCUUUUGGCUCAGAGUGACUUUACACUGAACACCGGCGACUUAGAACUGUUUUCAACAUCACAAUUCACACGAAAUGUCUAAAUUGGAGCAGAUCAUAGUUAUUGAACCGCCGUAUGAUCUCAAAUUUAAAGGUAAGAGGAAUACUGUCGGUGGCUAGCUACCACUUGUAGACGCUUUCGGCAGUGGAUUAGCCAGCUAGUUAUCGUUACCAGCGCCGUGGACCGGGGAUGUGUUAGCAGGUGUUAGCUUCAACAACCCUACUGAAACCUCUCGUAUACCGCCGCCAUUUUGAGAUGGCAGCGAGGAUUUAUGGGCCUGUAGUACAUUUACAUUUAAGUCAUUUAGCAGACGGUCUUAUCAAGAGCGACUUACAGUUAGUGAGUGCAUACAUUUAUUUUUUCAUACUGGUCCCCCGUUGGAAACGAACCCACAACCUGUUCUACCAACUGAGCUACACGGGACUAGUAUCCAGUUAGCUACACAGAUAGCUAGCUAGCUAUCACUUUACAACAUUUCUCGUCAGCCGUGGAGGGCGUAUGGUCUCUAGUUACGCUAGCGGACUUCUUACUGUGGCAUUGACACAGCUGGCUACUGUAACGUUAGUUUGCUGUCAGUCACUCAGGGAUCAUUGCUAGCUAGCCAGCUAGCUAACGUUAGCCUGAAAUAAUAGUCACUGGUUGUGUGGCCAAGUAACCUUAGCUAGUUAGAUAGGUAAGCUAACAAGCAACACAUUCUGAUUUGACUAUACCAGUCAUUGCAUAAACUAUUUUUUUCGGAUUUAGCUAGCUAGGGUGACAAGGCUAAAAUUGCAGUUGUUGAAUGGGAAUAGUAGCUAGCUAUAUGAAGCUGCUUGACUGACCGCUCAAAUGUUAGCUAGCUAUCCCACCCCACUCAUUAACACAUUGCAUACCACGUUGCACUGUGUACAGAUAGUUAAUGCAUUGUUAUGGUAUUUUGUUGACCGCAUCUCUGGCGCUCUUCACAUUGAGAACGAGGUGUAGUUAACUAUGUGUAACGUUAGCUAACUAUAAUGUGAAAAUAGACGGAUGUUUUUAUGCCUUAAGCUACAUGUUUAUCAGAGACUAGAAACACUCUUGUGUUUUAAUGGGUCAUUUUACUAUAUAGCAAAUCAUUUGCCAUGAUGUGUAACUAGUAUAUGUUGGUUGUCAUUUGCGUCUGUUGUGUGCAUUCUUCAGGUGACUCCAUUGACCCUCAACACCAUCUCCUUUCUCUCCCAUGCAGGUCCCUUCACAAAUGUAGUGACCACAAACCUCAAGCUCAAAAAUCCCUCUGACAGAAAAGUAUGCUUCAAAGUGAAGACUACAGCACCUCGCCGGUACUGUGUAAGACCCAACAGCGGCAUGAUCGAGUCCGGAGCCACUGUCACUGUCUCAGGUAAGGCUUUCGUUUUCCCAGACCUUUGUCACUGUGCUGCCAAAUAUAACAGAGUGUCACUCAAACAACUAGGCAAGCCCCUUUUUGUCAACAACAUCAAACAAGAACAAAUUGUAUCCUUUCACAAUUCCCACUCUAAUUAAUUGUAUUACUUUGUAAGUACAGACGAAUCAAGCAUGAAAAUGUCAAACGCAUGUACCAGUAGGCCUAUAUGUAGAUAUAGUCAUGACCCCAUAUCUUCUGUCUCAACAGUAAUGCUGCAGCCCUUUGACUAUGACCCCAAUGAAAAAAGUAAACACAAAUUCAUGGUACAGACAAUCUUUGCACCAUCCACUGCUACAGACAUGGAUGCAGUGGUAAGUUUUCCUGUCCACAUUACUACCAAAUACAUGUGCUUUAUGCUAGUAGCUAUGUCGUCAAAGGAAAACCUGCUUUUGAUGAUCCACAGGUUUCAGUUCUGCAGGGAUCAUCAACUACAGUCAGCCACGGUCCAAUUUUUUUUCUUGAGCGGAUGGUCAGGGGGCCGGAUCACAAUUACAAAUAAUUUGUAGACUGUUGACCGCAAGAAGCACAAACAGAUAUAAUUUUUGACUAAAACAUAAUUAUUUCAAACCUUGUUUACAUUUGUAUAUAAUCACAUACUGUAUAUCUCUAUUAUGCGUCGGAAUACUUUGGAACAGAUUUCCUAAAUUAAAAUCACUUGGAGCUGAUUUGCUGGUGUUUUUAAUCUUAUGGCCCUAAAAACAAAAAAACGUUUUUUGUUUGUUUUCUUUUUGCUCAGUAUUUAGCGAGCCAAAUAAAAUCAUUUUGUCUGCCAGUUGGAAAACCCUGCAGUACUGUAUUCAAAAAGCUUUUUGUGAUCUCUCCAGCAGAGGGCAGCAAAUGACAUAUUACACAAUGUAUAUCAGCAAUUCCACAUCCUAAUGUCUAUAGACUUGUAACUGACAGUAUUGCAUGUUCAUUGUUAUUCCGUCAGCGGUCCCUGUGAUCGAUUGAUCAAUCUGUGUUGUUCACCUUAUCAUGUUACUCCUGAGUGGCGCAGUGGUCUAAGGCACUGCAUCGCAGUGCUAACUGUGCCACUAGAGAUCCUGGUUCGAAUCCAGGCUCUGUCGCAGCCGGCCGCGACCGGGAGACUCAUGGGCGGCGCACAAUUGGCCCAGCGUCGUCCAGGGUAGGGGAGGGAAUGGCCGGCAGGGAUGUAGCUCAGUUGAUAGAGCAUGGCGUUUGCAACGCCAGGGUUGUGGGUUCGAUUCCCACGGGGGGCCAGUAUAAAAAAAAUAUGUAUUCACUAACUGUAAGUCGCUCUGGAUAAGAGCGUCUGCUAAAUGACUAAAAUGUAAAUGUAAUGUACUUGUCAAUGUCAACUUGUACUUGUUGAAUCUCCACAGUGGAAAGAUGCAAAGCCAGACGAUCUCAUGGACUCCAAGCUGAGAUGUGUGUUCGAACUGCCCUCUGAAAACGAUAAAAUGGUAAGUAGUGUACAAUAGUAAAGGCUGGACUUUCCAAAGGAGUGGAACUUCUCUCAGCCGCCAUCAGUGGUUCUGGUGUUUUAUUUUUUUGGUAUUAUACCUCCAAUGUUGUACUGUUGUCACGGCCACAGGUCAGUGUUGUCUGUCAAUGCAUAUUUUUCCAAUUUUCUCCUAGAUUCUACUUGGCUUUCACUCCCUCUCCUUGCCCUGUUACUGUUGGUUGUUCCUUUCUCUGCAUUUGCCUAGGUACAGUCAUUUGAUGGGUGCUAAUGAUAUCAUGGAUUUUUGAUGGUUUUAAGUAAAUAGCUACUGUACUAACCAGCAUUUCUACCUCACACCUCCCCAAAGUCAUAUCUGAAAUACUCACAUCAUGUAACACUUGAGAUUUGAAUGGAAGCUUGUUCCUAGUAUGUGAUAUGUCAGUUUUGUUGGUUCAACACAGUAAGAGUGUAUAACCGUUUAUAAUACAUUAAUGAGUGUAUAAUGUUCUACCCUACAAUUCAAGCAUCCACUGAACAGCCCAAAGCUAUAUACAUGACCUAUAUCUAUUGGCAUGCAUGCUGCUUGUGCCUCCCCCCUGGUGCGAUAGCCUAGCGGUAGUGCCAGGGAGACCCGUGGUAGGGCCAUGGAACUCAUCACCCCAGGGCCAGGGCAGACCCCCAAGCUCAGCACCAGGCACCUGGGGGACAGAGCAGCCUUCACCCCCGGAGAGUACCGCACCCCCCUGGGAACCAGGCACCACCUGGCAGCCAGCGAUCUCCCAGAGUUCAUGUCAGCACCCAGCUCAGUGCGAGGCAGGCAGUGGCAGGUUUGUGGCAGGAUAGGAAGUUGAAGUUCAGGGAUUUCGAAAUUCAACGGAGGGCCGCACAGAUUUUCUCUCUUGUCAAAAUCAAUUUGCGGACUAGAAAAAGGUCAGUUAUUUUUUUUAAAUAGAUGGGUCCAUUAUGAUUUCUACAUACUUUCUCAUCUACCCAAAAUAAUUAUUCCCCUGCAGUAGGUGGUCAUAAUUAGAAUAGUAGUCUGA